AUGACUCAAGAUCUUAACGCUCUCAUAGAUCAAUCAUACUUGACUGUACCCAGCUUCACCCUAGAAUGCGGCGCGGAGCUACAUGAUGUACCUGUAGCUUACAAGGCCUGGGGUACGAUGAACGAGGAGAGAGAUAAUGUUAUGAUUAUCUGCCAUGCUUUUACUGGAAGUGCUGAUGUCCCGGAUUGGUGGGGACCGUUAAUGGGACCAGGCAAGGCUUUCGACCCUCGCAGAUACUUGAUUGUUUGUGGCAAUGUUCUUGGCUCGCCGUACGGAAGCGCGUCUCCCAUAACCAUCAAUCCCGAUACAGGAAAGAUUUACGGUCCAGACUUUCCUCCGACUUCCAUACGAGAUGACAUUCGGUUGCACAAGCUCGUCCUAGAUCAUCUCGGUGUCUCCUCAGUCGCAGUUGUCAUAGGAGGCUCCAUGGGCGGCAUGGCCGUCCUCGAAUGGCCACUGUGUACCCCUCCAGGCUACGUCAAACAUAUAAUCCCUAUAGCUACUUCUGCACGACAUUCAGCAUGGUGUAUUAGCUGGGGUGAAGCCCAACGUCAAAGCAUCUACAGUGACCCGGGAUACCAAGAUGGGUACUACACCUCCCAACCUGCCUCUGGGCUCGCUGCAGCCCGGAUGAGUGCGCUAUUAACAUAUAGAUCAAGAGAUUCGUUCGAAAGUCGGUUUGGGAGAAAAGCCCAGAUUCAGAAGGAAGCAAGAAAACCCUUGACGCCUCCUGGAUCGCCGAAAAUUCGAGCAGAGGAUGAUGCACGAGUAGCGCAUAACGACGGCUAUCGGAAUUCACACACCAAUUCUCAAUCUACGACACCAGCACCGAAAACGACAACCCCGAUAUUCUCUGCUCAGUCGUAUUUACGAUAUCAAGGAGACAAAUUCACUGCUCGAUUCGACGCAAAUUGCUAUAUUCACAUCACGCGCAAGCUCGAUACCCAUGAUCUCGCCCGGGAUCGAUUUAUCGAGGGUGAAGACCAAGACGACGAUUCAGCUGCUCUAGCACGCGUCCUAUCCAUUCUCCCUCCCCGAGCAUUGGUCAUCAGCAUCUCAACUGAUGGCCUGUUUACACCCUCAGAACAAAAAGAGAUCGCCGCGCAUAUCCCCGGUGCAGAGCUGGUGACAGUACAGAGUCCAGACGGACAUGAUGGGUUUUUACUGGAGUUUGAGCAGAUUAAUACGCAUAUCAUGCGGUUCUUGAUGAGGGAAUUCCCGAGGUUCUAUGAGAGGGAACUCAGGGGAGACGAGGCUGACGAGGCGGUUGAAGGGUUUGAGAUUAAAAAGACGAGUCUGUUUGGAGAGGCUGAGGCAGAUAUCACCCAUUGGUAG